AAGUGACGCUGCACGAGGAAGAGAAGGCGACCAUGUUAAGCUAGCAAGAGCAAACACAAUAGAGACGAAUUAAUUUCGACUAAUUAUAGUAAUUCAAGAGAACUGCAACGUACGAAACGGAUCAUCACCGACAGCGUAUCACGAAUAACACCUAUAAAAACAACAAGGUGACGAUUCAACCUAGGUGGAGGACCGCAUCAUUCGGCGAACAUCAGCCCAGAUACACGGAUGUAAGACUUGUGGCCCUCGGGCACAUCACAGCGGGACUCUAGGGCCCAACAGUCAAAGAGGCACAGAGGACUCCGCAGGGGGAGAUUGAAGCAAUUCUGCUUUGGACUAAAGUACCCUUUGUAUAUAUACUUUAUUGAUGUCAGGAAUAUUUCACACACCGGAGCGAACGCGUACCUGAGUGGAGAAUAUCAGACUAAAUGACACAUUUUUCUUUUUUUCUGGGAAUAUUUCUAAAAACUUGGCAAUCCUAUUUUGAAGAACUAUGGAAUUGAGCAACUCUUGAUGGACUCACGGCAACAGGCAGGAAUUCUUGUUGAAUAUAGAAACAGAGUAAAGUAUUUAAGUUUAUAUUGAAGAAGAAGAAGAAGAUAUUCCCCAGGUUCUAAUUGCCUUAGUUGUUCUAUUUCAGGACUUGAAGCCCUUUGAUACUUGUGCACAUAUAAUUUUCUAUAUCGUGUGCAGGUAUAUUUACGCAUGUGAAUGCACAUUUCUCUUCAUUUUGAAGAGCUCCUGUACAAAGAAUUUGCUUUUUCGGUGUGCGUUAGGUCACCCUGUUGUUGAAAGGGGACUGAACAGCACAGGUUUGUGUAAAUACUUUCAACUGACUUAUAUUGUAAAGCUUCGGACUUAAAAGAAGAAAGAAAACAAAAGCAGAGAAUAUCGAGAUUGCUUGAGUACAUUUUUCUACUUUUGAAGAGGAUUUUUUUUUUUUUUAAGGAACCAGUCCCUUUUCCCUGAAAAAGGUGAAGGACGUUGACGCUUUGUGAGAAAUAAACUCUAAAAAAAACAAAACAAUGGCCACCGCGAAAACGGAGAGUACAGCAGCCGCCGUCCUCAUGGGACUCAACAAACAGAACGGGCAGCUCCGAGGACAGCCCAAACCCGCCACGCUCCUCUCAGGACCCCAGGUUCAGGGGAAGGCCGUGGCCCUGCAGCAGAAGACGGGAGGGCCCCCGCAGGAAGGCGGCGGCGGCGGCGGCGGCGGCAUCAAGUUCGGAGACGACUGGAAAACAAGCCUCCAUCUUCCUCCCAAAGACACCCGUGUCAGAACAUCAGAUGUGACCUCAACCAAGGGCAACGAGUUUGAGGACUACUGCCUGAAACGAGAGCUCCUGAUGGGCAUCUUCGAGAUGGGCUGGGAGAAACCGUCUCCUAUCCAGGAGGAGAGCAUUCCCAUAGCGCUGUCUGGCCGAGACAUUCUGGCCCGCGCCAAGAACGGGACGGGGAAAAGUGGGGCGUACCUCAUCCCCCUCCUGGAGAGAAUAGACCUGAAGAAGGACUACAUACAGGCCAUGGUGAUGGUACCCACCAGAGAGCUCGCCCUGCAGGUCAGCCAGAUCUGCAUCCAGAUCAGCAAGCACAUGGGCGGGGUCAAGGUCAUGGCCACCACCGGAGGCACCAACCUGAGGGACGACAUCAUGCGUCUGGACGAGACCGUGCAUGUGGUGAUCGCCACACCCGGCAGGAUCCUGGAUCUCAUCAAGAAGGGCGUGGCCAAGGUGGACCGGGUCCAGAUGAUGGUGAUGGACGAGGCGGACAAGCUGCUGUCUCAGGACUUUGUGGUGCUCAUCGAGGACAUCAUCAGCUUCCUGGCCAAGAGCCGGCAGAUCCUGCUCUACUCUGCCACCUUCCCCAUCAGCGUGCAGAAGUUCAUGAACAAGCACCUCCAGAAGCCCUACGAGAUCAACCUGAUGGAGGAGCUCACCCUGAAGGGCAUCACACAGUACUACGCCUACGUCACGGAGAGGCAAAAAGUCCACUGUCUCAACACUCUCUUCUCCAGGCUCCAGAUCAACCAGUCGAUCAUCUUCUGCAACUCCACCCAGAGGGUGGAGCUCCUGGCCAAGAAGAUCACCCAGCUGGGCUACUCCUGCUUCUACAUCCACGCCAAGAUGAUGCAGGAAUACAGAAACCGCGUGUUCCAUGACUUCAGAAAUGGACUGUGCAGAAAUCUGGUCAGCACCGACCUGUUCACCAGAGGCAUUGACAUUCAGGCUGUCAAUGUGGUGAUCAACUUUGACUUCCCCAAGAACGCAGAGACGUACCUUCAUCGUAUCGGACGAUCAGGUAGAUUCGGCCACCUGGGCCUGGCCAUCAACCUGAUCACCUCAGAGGACCGCUACAACCUGAAGUCCAUCGAGGACCAGCUGAUGACGGACAUCAAGCCCAUCCCCUCUUGCAUAGACAAGAGCCUGUACGUGGCCGAGUUCCACUCCUCCAACCCCGACUGCGAGGUGGAGGAGGUGGACGAGAGAUCCGGCCGGCAACAAGACUGAGACUGGACCGCUGCACUCGCCAGGCUUUUGCACUAACAUCAGGCUACUACCCAUCGGCCUCACAUCUUACAACCUCAGCAACUUCUUUGGAGAUUAGGUGGAUGUAAAGGCUUUUUGACUUUCCUUUCAGCAAUAAGAGCUGCAAAAAAGACAUUAUUUUUUUUGUUCUGUUCCUCCCUUUCCUUUUCUCUGCGUUGCUCAAAUCCCGUUUUGCACCAAACUCAAACUGCCCCGUCAUCCUGUUCUCAGACUCUCUUCACUUCAUGUUUCGUCUCUCCCCCCCCCCCUCUCAUCUCCAAUACCAGCCGUCACAUCUGCCACCUGCCACCUCCUCUCCUCCACAAACCGUUUUUAAAACUUCAGAAGACAUAAGGCGUUUUGUUUAUUUUUUUUCAAACACAAAAUACAGCCAACACAUUUGUCGGAAAGCGUUUGAAUAUUUCAGUAGUCUCUAAGGCAGACAUUUUCCAGAACGUACGCACACACCAACAUGAACUAAGUGCAGUGAGUAGCUCAGGACUCCAGUAGGAAGUACAGUUAAAAGCACGGCGUCCCAAGAGUUUCCGGCAUUGAGCUCUCCCUGGUACACAUUUAAAGGUCUUCCGACCGAGGUGUCGACCGUGUUUUGUGUGACUGCAAACAGCCUUCCAAAAUCUCACCAGGCUCGUAAGCAGAGCCUGUAGAAAAGCAUGGAGGAGAAGAGACGAUGGGUGGCGGAGAUGUGUGCGUGGCGGGGUUGACUAUAUAAUCGACCACAUCCUUUCGAGUUUAUCCCGAGCUAAAUAACCCAUUAGGGAGGAGGAAAUGUGGAGUGGCAUAAACAGAUUUAGUCCGUCGACAACCCUUGUACUAAAAAAAAAAAACGUCAGACACGAUUGCAAAGUAGGCCUCUUGGGUUUGUUUCUUUCUUAACGCUACGACGGUGUGUUUCAUCAGCCUAUCCCCACAUCCACACAACCGCCGUCGUCACUCAAGUGCCUUACUUACCUUUCAUAAACAAAACUCUCAUCCCCACUUCUGACCCCAUCAUACACCACCAACGCGACUCAUCACGUAGCGCAACGGCACAAAGCACAAGUCAUGUUGUUUAGCAAUCUGGAUUUAUUUGAAUGACAGACAAAAGCCAAACGGCGCGUAGUAACGGGCCGGCUCAAACUCCUGGUCUGGAAAAAAAAAUACAAAGCAACCUGAAUGUGAACCCAUCUUUUUAAUGUGAACUGCAAUAAGAAAAGGGCAGCUUGGUUUUAAGUACUCGGUGACGGUCACUUACCGAGAGGGAGAAAGGAAACUGACAUUCAACUACAGUUAGUCUGAGGAGGCUAGGGGAUGGGGAGGUCCCUGUUCUAAACACUAGGGUUGCUGAUCCACAAGGACUGUACCAUCCCUAAAGGAAAGUGAGUUUGACUUCAUAUGGAUAGGCCUUGGUUUGAGGCAUCUCCCCAGCAAAUAAGAGUGUCAGGCUGAAAUGUUGGGUCUUUGAAUCCGUCAUCAUAAAAAGGCCGCUUCUCCUAACCGGCAGGAUAUAACUCAAACACACUGGUUUUGGCCAGAAUAAGAAAUGUAUAUCCUACCCCCCCCCCCCUCCCUCCCUCUCUGCAGCAAAAAAAACAUCUUGAUUAAAAUGGUUAGGUAUUUCUUUGGUUUUUCAAGGCUCAUCAUAGCCAUGGUUAACAUUUUGUUGGGUUUGGUGCAAAACAGCGCUUUGAAUUCUGUGGGUAUGUACAGUACAAUUCCUUUUAUUUCCCUACUGCUGGACAUUAUCAAAAUAUAUUUGGAAAAGAGUAAUUCGGCAACAUUUUUAUUUAUUUUUUACCCCAUUCCGUACACCACAUUUACUGAGUACUGGAUGCCAAUGUAUACUCUGCAGCCUGUUUCGGGAAGGCCAAGCUCUUCAGCGUUUUUUUUUUAUACCGUAAACCAGGCAUUGCAAACCUUAUUUAAGUAUUUUAUGUUUUUGUUUCUCGAUCAAAUCCUUGAAAUGCCAAACGUUCUGUCUUUGUGGGGGAUGUGCUUUGUUUUUCUUUGUGUUCAAGAAGGUUUUCACAGGCCCAGGGACCACCAAGAAUCUCUAAAGUACCAUAUAAAAACCACCAGUUGGAGGAAAAUGUAGAAGUCUACAUCCCCCAAGAAUUAGCAGAAACCAGUUGGUUUCAAAAUGGCAGCCAUGGGAGCGUUUGAUUUGUCCCUCCCUCCCUCAAUCCCUUAAGAAUCGUAUCUAAUUUUUUUUGCAAUCCCUGAAUAAUGAGGGACUUGUUGUAUUUGAGGAUUCUACUUUAUAAGCGAAAUUGUAGCAAUUGAAAAGGCAGCUUUGACCCCCACCCUCCUUGCCUCUUAGAACGAAAUCAAAUGAAUUAUAAACGGAUAGAAUCUGUCUUUGUUUUUUAAUUUGGACAAAUCUUGAAACGAGGCUGGAGGGGGUGGGGGCGCGUCCUUGAUUUGACUGGAUCCAGCAAGGGGUUCAGUGGUCUCUUGGGCGGGGUCUGUUUUUAUUUCACUGUCUCCCCCCCCCCGCCGCCCCAGCGCCACCGUCGGCUCUGUGGUACUUCAGAUGUUUAGCGGAACAGUUGAGCAAAGGCAAGCAGUCGCUCAAAAGACACAGAUUUCCUUUCCCUGCUUGUUGGCUAUCUAUAAGCAAGCGCUAGCGAGCCCGGUAGCAUCAGCCCCACGUGGCCCUGUUGCUCCGUCACACGACGGGGGUCCCCACGAUAGUCUAAGACCCAAACCCCCACUCUGUGAUUUCUUAAUUCCCAAGAGGGCAAAACUUCCUACGGGAAUUAAGAAUGUUUUUUUAUUUUAUUUUUUAGAAAACCAAUUGUAAAUGAUUAUUGGUUUACAUGAAUCGUUUACAAUUAGAAAAAAAAAUAAGUUUGCUUCAUGGUGGUGGAGUUAUAUUUUUCCUUUUUUUUUUAAGAUGGAGGAUUUCAGGAUUUACAGUGAAGCAAAACCAAAAAGUGUGUGAGAAAGAUGGUGUGUGUGUGUGUGUGUGUGUGAGCAAGCGGUGUGUUUGGACGAGUGAUUGUGUGUGCGUGGGGGAAUAGUUGGAAUGGUGGCACGGGAGUUAUGUGUGCGUGUAGCAUAUUUCAAGGUGUGUGUUAGGUUGGUAUGCCAGGGUGUGUCGUGUUGCAUUGACGGCGUGUGUCUGUCCUGGAUGUGUGUAUGAGACUUUAUUGGGGGGGGGGGGGGCAGGGUGUUUGUGAGGGUGUGUGUCUUGUCCGAGUACGACCGUUUUGGGGGGGGGGGGGGGGCAGGGGUUUGAGUGAUUGUGUUUCUGUCAGGGAGGGGGUGUGUGUUUGUCUGAGUACGACCAUGUGGUCUGGGACUCCCUAUGUGCAGCCUCGUCGACACAAACGUCUGCCGCUGCUGAACUCACCAGAGCUGAUGCCCUGCGCAGCGUUCCUGACAAACGUCAGAAUCUGACCCCGCAGAAGACGUUUGUACACGGGCUGCAUGUAGGCGUAUUCUCAGAAUGUUUGUGUUCAGCUGUGCGUGCCAUGGGUGGGCGCGCUCUUUGUUUCUAUGGCAACACGCAAUGUCUUCUGUCAUGGUUGCCUACACUCGUCUGCUUUUUGUUUAUUUUUCUGUUCUUCAUGGAUGUUGACAUGCCCAAUGGGAGUUUGUUUUGUUUGUUUUUACCCCCAUGGUCUCCUUGGUGACCCGUGAACAAGAACCUAAACGACAAACUAAACUGAAAAAUAUCUCUGCACAUAAUUGGGUUGUGUCAGGUUUAGAUUUGACCAUUUACCGAUGUUGCAGGAUCUAGGGCUUCUCUUGACUUUGUCUGGAUUUUAGACAUGAUUUGGCUCUGAAUACACCACCUUAACUAAGUCGGGUUUUAAUUGAACAGAUUUUGUUUCGUUUUAAUCCGCCCCUCGUUUUCUGUUUACCAAGGACCCAGGCUGUUGGAAGUUCAAUGUUUUCUGUUCUGGCCAUCUGAUGUACCAUGUAUGUUGCGCGUUCUGCUACAGGUGCAGUCAGGUGUGCUUGCUGGGUGGGGGGGGGGGGGGGGGGAAGGGUGGGAGAAAGUUAAUGGGAGCAGGUGGAAAAAGGGAAAUUGUCAUUUUCUGGAGUAAAAAGUAUUGAUGGGGUGGGGGGGUUGAUUGGGUAAAAUAAAUUUGCAGAUAAUUGGAUUGGAGCUUAUUCGAGGGUACACUUUGGAAACUGUUUCUAUUGCUGUACCCUUUUUAUUUUGUUUUUUAUUUUUUUCAAUUGGAAAAGUCGGAAGUCGAUCUGGCCUCGAUGAAACACCCGUUUGAAACGUGGUCUGUGGUUAACAAGAUGUUACUGAUCGUAGGAGGGUCGCCCUGGAUCUCGCCACACACCACUUGAGUUUCGGUCCAAACUAAAGUAGACCCUCGGCAUGUUUGGCACAAGGAAUGCUGAGUAGAAAACAAAUUACAUGUAUUCAUUUUUACCCAUAAGAAGAAAGUGGUCUCGGGCUCUAAAUUGGCUGAAGAGUCUGAGGAACAUAAAAGACUAUAUUUUGUCCCAUUCUUGUUUAUGUUCCUGUAUUGGCCUUUUAUGACUUGACACCCAUUUGGACUUUUAUUUUGGUUAAAUUGGCUUAAAACUGUGUUCAACAAUUGUAUAGCGUCAUCAAUUUGGCUGUUUUUAGUUUUUGCAUUAAAGUGAGGCCAGAAUAUUCAAGUGACUUCUGCAGAUGAUCUUCAGUCGCCUCCAUUGUUGUAACGACAUCAAAAUAAACAUGGGCGCUGCAAGAAAAUCUCAAUAAAUUGCAACUAAAACAUA